AUGGUCAGUGACGCGUUUAAUGAAACUGCACAAAGGUUGGAUCUUCAUCCGUCUCCUUCGCAGAUCUACAGGCUCUCCAGACGGCCUUCAGGAGAAACACAACAGGUCUCCAGAUCAGCGGAAAUUUUUCAGACAACUCUUACACUCCUAAAAGAGAAGACGAGCAGGAGACAUAGGAGAUCAGUGCAGAUAUCCGAAGUGCUUUCUGUGAAGGCAGUGGAGCGGAUAGCAAACCUGUCUGGAUGCCCUCGGACUUUCCAGUCGACCACCUGCGCCACAGACGAGAAAUACCGCAGUAUUACUGGAGUCUGCAAUAACAGGAAGAACCCAUUUUGGGGGUCCGCCAACACCGGCUUGGCCAGAUGGCUCCCCGCAGAGUACGAGGAUGGAGAAAACCAACCCAAAGGCUGGAACGCUGGACGCCAAUACAACGGCUUCCAACUUCCUCCGGUUCGAGAGGUCAGUAAGAGGAUCAUACGCAGCUCCAACUCAGCUCUACAGGAGGACAGUGAUUAUUCUCAGAUGCUGGUGGACUGGGGUCAGUAUAUCGAUCAUGAUAUCUCCUUCACGCCGCAGAGCUCCAGCCAGACCUCGUUCACCUCUGCGCUUGACUGUCUGCGCACCUGCGUCAGUGCAGAUCCCUGCUUUCCCAUACAGAUCUCCAGACAUGAUCCUCUGUCCAGAAACAGCAGCUGUCUUCCCUUCUUUCGCUCGUCUCCAUCCUGCACGGGUCUCCAGCGUCAGCAGCUGAACUCCAUCACAUCCUUCAUCGACGCCUCCACCGUCUACGGCUCGUCUGAGGAGCAGCAGCAGAUCUUGAGGAGCUCCACUGGCCUUCUGGCUGUCAGUGAUGAGUUCUGGGACACCGGCCGGCCGUUCCUGCCCUCCGUCCCACAGCGGCCCUCAGCCUGUCUCCAGCAGCCGGGAUCUCCAGCACUGCUGCAGGCGCGGGUGGAGUGUUUCGCUGCGGGUGACAGCAGGGUGAAUGAGGUGCUGCCGCUGGCUGUGCUGCACACACUCUGGAUGAGGGAACACAACCGUCUGGCAGAACGCCUGGCGCAGAUCAACACACACUGGGGGAAGCAGAGAGUCUAUCAGGAGACGCGCAAGAUCAUCGGCGCUCUGCAUCAGAUAUUCACUAUGCGAGAUUAUAUUCCUAAAGUGAUUGGCCAAGAGUCUGCGAAUGAGUUUCUGGGACCGUACGAGGGUUACAAUGAGUCUGUGGAUCCGUCAGUGUCAAACGUGUUCGCCACGGCUGCGUUUCGCUUCGGACAUGUCACCAUCUCUCCAUAUCUGCGCAGACUCAACCAGAGCUUCCAGGAGGAUGAAAGAUAUGAGACGCUGACGCUCCAGCAGAGCUUCUUUAGCCCCUGGAGACUCGUCCGAGAGGGUGGUCUAGAUCCAGUCCUGCGGGCUCUUCUGUCUGCACCGGCUGUCCUGCAGGAUCAGGAGCGUCUGAUGACAGAAGAGCUGACGGAGAGACUGCUGGUGCUGAAUGUCCCGCAGAAUCUGGAUCUGGCGGCGCUGAACCUGCAGAGAGGACGAGAUCACGGAUUACCAGGUUAUAAUGCCUGGCGUGUGUUCUGUGGCUUGGACAGAGUUAAAUCUCGGUCAGACCUCCUGAAGCUGGUGGGCAGUGGUGAUUUAGUGGAAGAAAUCAUGGAUCUUUAUGGACAUCCGGAUAACAUUGAUGUGUGGCUGGGAGGUUUACUGGAGCAUCCGCUGUCUGGAGCCAGAACCGGCCCGCUGUUUUCAUGUCUGAUCGGAAAACAGAUGAAGAAACUGAGAGAGGGAGACAGAUUCUGGUGGGAGAACCCUGGUGUGUUUUCUGCAGAACAAAGGCAUGAGCUGCAGAUUCACUCUCUGUCUCGGGUGAUCUGUGAUAACAGCGGGGUGAUGGAGGUUCCUCUGGACGCCUUCAGACGGAGCUCUUACCCUGAAGACUUUCACCUGUGCAGGAGCGUCCCGACACUGGACCUGGAGGCCUGGAGAGAACAGCCUGAUGAUGCUGCGGGUUAG